CGUUCAGACUUUAGAGGAAACAAAUCAACCCCAGUUUACAUUCUUUCAUCCUCACACACCAUGUUUUCCGUACACACACUCUCUCCCCUUACAACCACCACAACCCACCACCGUAUCUCCACCACACAACUCAAACUCAAACCCAUUCUAUACAACCCAACCCACAACCCAUUCACAAUAAAAUCCUCAAUUGAACCCAACCCAAAACCCAAGUCCCAAAAUGGGUCAUGGGUCAGCCCAGAUUGGCUCACAUCCUUAACAAAAUCACUACUUUCCACUACCCAAUCUGACAAUUCAAAUAUCCCAAUUGCAAAUGCACAACUUGAUGAUGUUUCUGACCUUUUGGGUGGGGCCCUGUUUUUACCUUUGUUUAAAUGGAUGAAUGAUUAUGGGCCUAUUUAUAGAUUAGCUGCUGGCCCAAGAAAUUUUGUUAUUGUUAGUGACCCUGUUAUUGCUAAACAUGUUUUGAGAAACUAUGGGACUAUUUAUGCUAAAGGUCUUGUUGCUGAAGUUUCUGAAUUCUUGUUUGGUUCUGGUUUUGCUAUUGCUGAAGACGCGCUUUGGACGGCAAGGCGCAGGGCUGUGGUUCCAUCGCUACACAAGAAGUACUUAUCUGUGAUAGUUGAUCGUGUAUUUUGCAAAUGUUCUGAGAGACUUGUGGACAAGCUCAAAUCAUACGCAUUAAAUGGCUCCGCUGUUAACAUGGAGCAGCAGUUUUCUCAGUUGACUCUUGAUGUUAUUGGUCUAGCAGUAUUUAACUACAAUUUUGAUUCUCUAACUGCUGAUAGUCCCGUUAUUGAAGCUGUGUAUACUGCAUUAAAAGAAGCCGAAGCACGUUCAACUGAUAUCUUACCUUAUUGGAAGAUUAAUGCAUUAUGUAAGAUCAUCCCAAGACAAAUAAAAGCCGAACAAGCAGUUACUGUGAUUAGGGAAACUGUUGAAGAACUUAUUAUGAAAUGCAAGGAGAUGGUUGAAAAAGAAGGUGAAAAGAUUGAUGACGAGGACUACGUGAAUGAUGCUGAUCCAAGCAUCCUUCGGUUCUUGCUUGCUAGCAGGGAAGAGGUUUCAAGUGAACAGCUACGUGAUGACCUUUUGUCGAUGUUGGUUGCUGGACAUGAAACCACUGGUUCAGUGUUAACAUGGACUACUUAUCUUUUAAGUAAGGAUCCAUCUUCUUUACAUAAAGCACAAGAAGAAGUUGACAGAGUAUUACAAGGCCGUCCACCAACUUAUGAAGACAUAAAAAACCUCAAGUUCAUAACACGAUGCAUAAACGAGUCAAUGCGUCUCUAUCCACAUCCUCCGGUAUUGAUAAGAAGAGCUAAAGUCGCAGAUGAGCUUCCAGGAAAUUACAAGGUCAAUCCUGGUCAAGAUAUCAUGAUAUCAGUGUAUAACAUUCAUCAUUCAUCCAAGGUCUGGGAAAGAGCUGAAGAAUUUAUACCUGAAAGGUUUGACUUAGAUGGGCCUGUACCAAAUGAAUCCAACACCGAUUACAAGUUCAUUCCAUUUAGUGGCGGCCCUCGGAAAUGUGUAGGUGAUCAGUUUGCUAUGAUGGAAGCCAUUGUUGCACUUGCAAUCUUUUUACAGAACAUGGAAUUUGAUUUGGUCCCAAAUCAAAAGAUUAACAUGACAACGGGUGCCACCAUUCACACAACAAGCGGUUUGUACAUGAAAGUCAGAGAACGCCAAAUCAGUUACACGACUGUCUCUUGAAUAUAGAUUAUCUACUUUUACUUACAAAGAUUUACCAUCUUAGCAUAUAUCCAUUUUUAUUUGUUCACGCUGUAGAGCGGGUAAAAUAUAUGUAUAACGUGCUACUAGUAUAUAGCAAAUAGUCAGUAUUGAUUUCUAUCUAGAGUAAACAUUUCUGAUGAAAUGAGAACAUUGAAUGCAAUUGUACAUCUAUUUAUAGUACUAUCACUUGAUGAUGCUCACCAGUUGACCAAA